AUGAUAAAUAUCUUGAAAAUAUUGAACCCGGUGGAUAAAGAUGAUUUUAGUAAUCAUGAAUUUACCGAAAUAGAUGAAAUUGAAGAUUACCUUAAUAUUGCUGGAGAUUCUUUCCCACAAAAUUAUGACGAUGAAGAUACUUAUAAUGACGAAUCUCAUGUGAAUUCAGAAGAGGCUUUGAAAAUAUUUAUUUUUAAAAUUAUUAAGCACGCCACAUUGUUAAUGUUUUCCUCUAUUGUACGCCGACUGCCCAAAUUAAGGCCUCAGAUAAUUCCAAAAUUGUCCAAUUUAACUCAAUCUGUCCGUUUAAUGUCAACCACAAAAAAUCCAACCAACUCAAACCAAUUUUUAUCUUUAAUAAAAGAGAAAAUAAGAUAUGAGAAAGACAGUAUGGAUAAUGAACCCAUUUCCUUUCCCGGAUUUGAAGUGACUCUUAAAGGAUCCUACGUGGAACUGUCAAAAAACCACGAAUCGGAGCAAAUUACAGUCAGUUUUCACGUGAAUGACAGCAUUGAGUCAGAUUACGAUACACAAGAAGACGAGACCGAGAAUUCACAAUUCAAGUUACAAAUAAAGCUAACAGAAAAAUGUUAUUGCAAUGCAAUUUUGAUGACAAUAUCGAAGAAAGUGAACAACCAAAUGGUUGUGGGUUUCAAUUCAUGCUUAGUCGGAUUUGUGAUCGAGUCAGUGGCUUUUAACAAGAGCGGAGAUCUCACAGACAUGGACUAUCAAUUUUUUGACUGUUCUAAUCAACUUGAUAGUGAUAUAUACGAUUAUUUGAUGGAUUUUCUUGAAGCUCGGGGAAUUGGAUCUGAUUUUGCUAGUUUGUUGUGUGACUUUUCGACAAAAUAUGAACAUGGUUUAUACACCAAGUUCUUGGGGGAUAUGUAUGGCUUUAUGGACGAUUGUGAACGUCCUUGAUUGAUACUUUGUGGCUGUCUUUGUUUGACUAUUACUUUAUCUAUUU